AUGGAGCGCAGCGACGGGGAGGCCGCCGCCAAGGCCAAGCUACCCAAGCUCUCCGCCGUCGCCGCCGGCAGCGAGGACCGCCUCAGCGCGCUUCCCGAUGACGUGAUUCUCCACAUCCUCCGCCAGCUCCGCGAUUCCCCGGUCGCCGGCCGGACCAGCGUCCUCUCCCGUCGCUGGCGCAGCCUCUGGGCCCUCCUCCCUGAGCUCUACUUCCCAGGAUACACCGCUCCCCGCCACGUAACCGCCGCUUUCGCCGCCCACGAAGCUCCGGUUCUCCAGCGCAUCGCCGUCUUCGUCAAGGACACCCCCGUGGAUUCCCUGGCCGCCUGGCUCCCCAUCGCUUCACGCCGCCUCCGCGGCGAUCUCUACUUCCUCAACAUUGUGCGGCGGAACGGUGGGCCGGACGAGGCCGGGGAAAGGGGCGCCUUUGAGCUGCCCUGCUUCGAGAAGGCCACCACCAUCUCCCUCCACCUAGGGUUUCUCGGCCUCCUCACGCCGCCUGCAGGGGUAUUCGCCCGGCUCACCAGGCUCCACCUGGACCAUUUCCGGAUACAGGGUCCCCUGUGCGGCGGCCUCGGAGACGCCCUCUCCUCGCCGCGGUGCCCGUCCUUGCGGGACCUCACUCUCAGCGACGCCCGGGAUCUGCACAGUUUGGCCCUGCACUCCCAGUCUCUCCUGACAGUGAAGCUCACGAAAUUGCGCGGCUUGCAGCGGCUCACUGUUGCGGCGCCGGCGCUCAAAGAGCUAACCGUGUUCUACUGCUUCGCGAAUGCUCCGAAUCUGAGUCAAAUGGCUGCUAGCAUCUCAGCCCCUCAGCUGGCAUCGCUCGAGUGGAGCGAUGCUUACGAUCCGGUGUCCGUCCAGCUUGGCGAGAUGGCGCAUCUCCAUCGUCUGGGCAUGAGCUUUUACCUUGUGUAUGGACCAAAUGGCUUUCGAACCAAUAGAGAUUGCAUGAGGCUCCUGCGGCGCUUUAAGGCCAUCUGCAGCUUGAGCUUUGCGCUCAUCUAUCCGCAUAAUCUACAGGCCCUAGGUAACAGUCAAUACUUGAUGGAAGGCAUGACAAUUUUUCCUGUCAUUUCAUCCUUGAGAGUUGUCGUAAUGGCAAGGGGACAUUCCUUUGGUGCCAGCUUAUUCCAUGUUCUCAGGAUGUGUACUGGUGUAAGAAGGCUAAUCCUAAUAUUAAGUGCUCGUGCGGGCUUGGAGGCACAGGCAUGUCCACCAGGUUGCAUAUGUUAUCAGGCUCAGCCACUAAACUGGAAAUCCGAGAGACUUGUGCUGGAUCGCCUCCAAGAAGUAGAGAUCAGAGAGUUUAGAGGUACUGGGCGUGAAUUAGCUGUUGUGGAACGGUUAUUCAACUGGUCUACGGCGCUUGAGACGGUGAGGAUAACUUUCUGUCACACAAUCGAUGCUAGUAAGGCCAAGAAGUUGCGCGAGAUGUUACUAAGCUUCUCCAGUCCAGGCACAUCUAUGAAAUUUUAGGUGUACUGUGGUUCUGGUUCAGGAUUUCUAGAAGACUACUUCAGCUCCAGGCACGCAAGAUCCAGCUGUUCUCAAUGCUCAAGAGAGGCGAUUUACAUAGACCAGCGCCAGCGGUCUGUGCUGCGUUAACGGUGUUCGUGAAACUAGUUUUUAAACUUGUUUGUUUUACAUGAAUUGAGAUAACUUUGUUUUGUAUUACAGUUUCCAAACUUUGAUUUCUCUUUUGAGAGGCAAUUGGUGAUUGGUGCAGUUGACUUGAUGAUUUAC